GGGCCCCGGAGACCCCACGUAGACUGCCCAGGGCCGAGGUUUUUGUUGUGUUCCCCCAAGAUCCCACAUAGGGGUGGGUUCUUUCUGUGCCCGGCUGUUUGUUGAGGCUCCUAAGAGGGCCUUGGAAAAUGGGCCAGUGACAGUCUCCAGGCCACAUGUCCAGGAGGCUCGUUUGAAAGCCCCUGCUCCGUGGGGCCCACCUCUACGUGAUGGGUGUCUCACUACCUACUGAGUCAGCCCAAUGAUUUCAAGACAAUCCAUUAGAAAGUGCUUCUUUCCACCCCAUCAAUUUCUACCUCCCUGUAAUGUGUUCUCGGUGGUCUAGUUCAGUCAGCUGGAGACACACGGGGCUUGCUCACUCUCCUCGGAACACUCCCGGGCAGUGCGUGUGUCCUGCCCUUGUAGGCUUGACGUGGAACAGCCGUGGCUGCUCAGCCCCGGGUGCCCUUGAACCUGCGCUCCUGGCUCACACCACCUUUCCUCUGAAGCCGUGUCUGCAAAGGUCUCCAGGAUGAAAAGAAACACACAGAGCGCCGCUCAGCCGAGUCCUAGUCCUGAUGGCGAAGCCUUGCUUUUGAGGCGGAAGCACAGAUUGCUACAAGUCAGAGAAAAAGGAGACCUUGCUCUGCAGAGAAGACAAGAUCUCAAGUGGUGGAAAAGUCAGCAGCUCCAGUGCUUGGCCGAGGAGUUGGGGGCAGAGUGGGAGGGGGUCCCCAGCCGGCAAGUCCGAGGCCUGGAAAGGCUGUAUUUAGGGCAUCUCUUAGGUCUGGGAGGAGGGCAGACCAAGGAUCGUGGACUCCACCUGGAGCUGCUGGCCCAGCGAGGAGCAGCCUCGCCGCCAAGGGCCGGGGACAGGCACAGAGCGGCCGUCAGAGAAGAGAAGAGUCGCAGAGAAGAGCUGAUGAGACAGCAGCCCUGCCACAGCAGGCCCCCGAGGAAAGCAGUAGGUGUGGAGAAGCAGGGAACCACCAAGGCCAUGGGCCUGACUCAUCCGCCCCCGAGCCCCCCAGGGAAGCAUAAGGGGGAACGAGCACCGCCAACCAAGACCGGCGGUGGCCGCCGUGCCGUGGACCCUCGAGUGAGCCGAGGCCUGGACGUGGAAACGCUCUUGGCUGUGGCCGGAGAGACCAAGCACCUGGAGGACAGGGAGAAAGACGUCUCCCGAGAGGGGAGGAGGCAGCUGGGGAAGGGGACGGCUCGUCUCCUUCAAGACCUUCGAGACAGCUCCGUGACUGAGAGCCCCGAGGGCAGAGCGGGCGACCUGGAACAGUGGUGGCCGCCCGGCUCGCCCCGCGGACCAGGAGCCGCACCACAGGCCGCCCCGUGCGAGUGCCGUGAGAAGAGCAGGUGGAAGCGAGAGCUUGAGGUUGCCUUUGAAGAGUUAUUUAACACAAAUAGGAAGCUGAAAAAACACCUGAGCUUGUACCUUGAACCCAGGCCCGGGGUGGGUCAGCACCCCAGGGAAGAACAGGGCUUCUCGGAGAUGCAGGGACAGAGAGGGGAGACCCAGAGAGAGAAGCAAAGCAUCCACGCAGAAACGGAAAUGGUGCCUGCCGGGGACUCCGUGAGUCCAGCGGAGGUGGAUGCCCACCACGCAUCAUCCAAAACCAAUUUGGAAAAGUUACUAAGCAAGCUUGAGAACCAAAAAUACCGUCUAAUGGCCAAGCCAGCAUUUAAGAGUGAGAGUAGACUAUCGUCUUCCGAGGCAGGAACACCCAGCAGUGAAGCGAGGCCGCUCCCGUGCACCACAGGACCCAGACAAGAAGCGCCCAGACCGGACACACUGGUGGAGGGCUCCCUAGAAGGCCAGGCAGGCAGGGUUGGCUUGGUGGCAUCACGGCAAAAGCAGAAACUGGAGAUGGAGCAGACAAGACAAAAGCAGCUGGAAUUGCUUGAACCCACUGGACCCCCAAAGAUGAGCUUGGAAGCUCACUCCCAGGCCGUCCUAGAAGAUGAGAGACGGGCGCAGGCACGAGCUUGUCUGGCUUGUCUGAAGUCUCACUCCUCUCGAGACCAGGAGGAGGAAGGAGGGGAUGAGCCCGGUGCCACUUCCGCCUUGGCCGCCAGCACCGCUGACGACGACAGGCACAGUCAGAUGAUCCGUGGCCUUGAACAGCAAAUUUUAGAGCAGAACCAGUCGCACAAGCAGUUUCUUGAAGAAGCCAGGAAGCGCUUGCAAGAGUUUCAGAGAAUAUGUUAAAAGGGAGAGUCCCACCCGUGAUAAAUACAUCGCUGAUGCCCGGGCGUUAUGCCGGAAGUGGUC